CUGCAGUACGUCAAAACUCCUCUCAAUAUAAAUCCGAAUUCCGAUUUAUCCAGUUCACCCGAGUUUUUCUGGACUGGUGGUCAUGUCAUCACUAAUUCUUCCGUUGCCUUUUUGCCCGUAUUUCCUGGAUCUACCAGCUCACUUGUUUCACCGAUUCAACCUUCUGCUACUGACUUUCCUGCUAUUACCCCUAUUACUCCUAAUGACCCUUCUGACUCUGCUCCUGAUGGCAAUUUUCUUCUUUCUGCCUCAUCCCUCCAAGCGCCUAUCUCCCUCGACUCAGGAAUGGCCAGUUUAAACUUCAGACUGAGUGAUGAUUUUGUGGACCAUAACGAGGUACCUUCUCUUACCUCUAUUCACUUUUUUAUCUUUGAUGAGGUGUGGAAUUAA